AUGGUCACCAAACCAUACGAGAAGAAGCGACUUUACAUUCAGCAUCCAGAGGAGGACUACGCCCUUGUUAGUCAUCGCGUAACCCGAAUCGUGCCUCCACCACCAAGAGAGCCUUCUCCCCCUCCUCCGCCGCCUGUUAUCUACAGGCCUCCACUGCCACCACCUCCUCCACCACAGUUUUACCCGCCUCCGCCUCCACCGGUUAUCGAGGUGCCAUGUUCGCCGCCUCCUCCACCACCACCGGUCGAAAAGCCCAAGCCCAAGCCCGUGCCUAAGCCAUCGCCUCCUCCUGUAAUUGAGGAGCCAAGACCUUGUUCUCCGCCCCCCGAGGAGCCUAUCGAAGUCAUCGCUGUCGAUGUCGAGCCGCAUCACAAGAAGAAGAAGAAGAAGCCCAAGUCUCGUUCUCGAAGCAGUCACAGCCACCACAGCCGCCACUCUUCGUAUGACCACGAUCGAGAGCGUGUCAUCGAGCGCGAGAGAUAUGUUCCUGUUCCAGUGCCUGUUCAAGUCGAGCCGCGCUACGAGACCUUCCGCUAUGUUGAGGGAACUCGACGUCAGCAAUAUUCCCCUCCAUCACCACCUAGACGGAUGAUUGAGGAUGAUCGCAUGCGACUUCGCAUUACGGAUCGUGAGCGUGAGUACUAUCGAUGA